AUGACUUCACCAAUAGAACACCCACCACAAGAAAAACCAUUAAAGAAAAGACCAAGACCUGCUAAUUUAGACUUGAAAGAUUCCACUCAUAGUGAUUCAAAGAGUUCAAACAUGUCCCAGUACGCGAUGCAAUGUCUAUCUCCAGGUUUACCACCAUUAGAUCCUCAAAUGCAAUCAACAAUCUUAAUAUCCAAGACUAUAGAGCAACAACAACGUCAAUUGAUUGCUGCUAGACAAACUCCAACUGGGUUAACUGCUCCUUUAGAAUCAUUAUCAAUACCUUCAUCAACCAAAAGAUUGAAAAGAAAUGCACCACCUCCAUUAAAUCUUCAACAACAACAUCUAAUAGCAAGACCAACAAUCAUGUCAGCUCCAUCACAUCAUUAUCAUCAAUUCCAACAAUAUCUAACACCUAAAACUGCAUCAAAACCUGGUUUCCAAAAUAUAAGAACUAAGAAUAGAUUACAACAACCUGGUACUGCACCUUUAAGAUAUCCUUCCACAGCUACAACUUCAUCAUUCACACCAAUGACUCCAUAUGGAAUUAGAAAAGCUACAGCAUCAUCUACAAUACAACAACAAGUACCACCAUCAGCUACUGCAAUCCCACCUUAUCAAUAUCAAUAUUCAGGUGCAAGAACUGGUAUACCAAAAUCUGCAAUUUAUUCAUCACAUCAACCAAGAUCUGCUAUACCAAAAACUGCAGGUGGUAAUUCAACAGCUCGUUAUAGAGGUUUUAGAAUGAAGAGAGAAGAAGGUGUUGUUGAUGUUUUCCAUAAAGGUGAAAGAAUGGCCCCAUUAGCUGCUCAACCAUUAAGUGCUCAACGUGAAUUUUUCGAUCAUGGUGAAAUUAAUAUAAGACCUUCAAGUGCUAUACCUAAAGAUCAGCAAAAUGAAGAACAAGGAAUCAAAAAAAUACCGAAAAAAUCCAUUGGUGGGAAUUUAAAAAUUGAAGAGAAAAUUCAAGAAGAAAGUGAAAGUGAUGUUGAAAAUAAUGCAAUUGAACCUGAAGCUGAAGAAGCUCAGGGAAUAUUGGGGAAAGAUCCUAUUGAUGGUGAAUUAAGAAUUUUGAAUAAUGUAUUUAGAUUUCGAUUUGAAAGAAAUGGGAAAGAUUUAAAUGAUGAUAAACAAAGAUUUUUAAAUCAUUGUGAAACCGCAUGGGAUGAAUUUAUAAAACUGGGUAAUUAG